AACUUGCAGGUUAGACUCAAAACAUUAUGGUAAUAAUCUCCAAGGACCCAGGCUGCCUGUUGCCUAGUGACAAAGUUUCCGAGUCCACUGAAGAAUUGAGACUGUAACUGAAGUGUUUCUGCUAAUAUCUUCCAUCCAUUUCAUCUCUUUUCCACCUGCUAUCUAUAUCACCUACUAUAUCCUUCAUCUUUAAGGAAGCAAAAUGGCCAAAGGACGAAAAGGCCCUAAGGGGAAAAAGAUUACCUUAAAGAUCGCCAAAAACUGCAUCAAGGUCACAUUUGAUGGGAGACGGCGUCUUGACCUAAGCAAAAUGGGGAUCACAAAUUUCCCCAAGUGUAUCUUAAAACUCAAUGAAGUUGAUGAGCUAGACCUGAGCCGGAAUAUGAUCAAGAAGAUACCGGAAAGCAUUGCCAAGUUCCAGAAUCUGCGUUGGUUGGAUCUGCACAGCAACCUCAUCGAGAAGCUUCCUGAGUCGAUAGGUCAGUUGGGCUCCCUCCACUACCUCAACCUGUGCAAUAACAAGCUAACAACCAACACCCUUCCCUUGGAACUAAGAGACCUGAAGAACCUACGUACGCUGAACCUGGGUUUGAACCAUAUCGAUAAUAUUCCCACCACCCUUGGGUCAUUGAAGGAGCUCCAUGAGGUGGGUGUAUUUGACAAUCUCCUGACCUCUAUACCCACUAGUAUAGCCAAACUUCCCAAACUAAAGAAACUGAAUGUGAAGCGCAACCCCUUUCCCAAAGAUGAUGAAGACGCAGCAUUUAUCGAUUCCAUAAAGCGGUUGGAAACCUUGUACUUGGUAGAAGAAAAAGACCUCUGUGCACCCUGCCUGAAGAAAUGCCAAGAUGCCCGGGACAAGCUGAAUAAAAUAAAGAGCAUGGCACCAGCCCAAGCAAGGAAGCCAAACUUUGCAAAUCUAGUUAACCCCAACUCGACAGCCAAGGAGACUCAAGAGGAGUGGAGGUUAUUGCACAGACUGCUGGAAUCACCAUCCUAGAUUAUGACAAAAAAUUGAAGACUAAUCAGCUAACAUGAAUGAAGGAGUUUGAAGAUGAAAAGCAGUCAAUUAGGAGAAGACUAUCUAAUAUGAGG